GAGAAGAAACAGUGAAUCACUGUGGACACUACCAAACCUACAGCACCUCCUAACUGGGCUACAAUGGAGACAGAGAAGAACACUCAGCCAACAGCAGAGCAGCUGACUGACAUGGAUCUGUCAGAGCAAAUCAAAAAGGUGACAAAGGAUAGUCACGUCAGAGCAGAAAACACAGAACUGAUGCUGAGCUUCCAGAGGGGACGAGUCUCCCUGCCGCAGUACAAGCUCCUCCUGUGCUCACUGUAUGAGAUCUACCAGGCCUUGGAGGAAGAGAUGGACAGGAAUUCCGACCACCCUGGUGUCGCACCCAUUUACUUCCCAGCUGAACUGGCCAGACUGAAGGCUAUCGAGAAAGACCUGGAAUAUUUCUACGGCCAGGACUGGAGAGAGAAGAUUGUUGUCCCUGCAGCGACUAAAAGAUACUGCCACAGGCUCAGACAAAUUGGAAAAGAAAACCCUGAAUUUCUGGUUGCCCACGCUUACACACGGUACCUAGGUGACCUGUCUGGAGGGCAGAUCCUGGGUCGAAUUGCUCAGAAGUCCAUGGGGCUGAAGAGCGGCGAGGGUCUGUCGUUCUUUGCCUUCCCUGGUGUGUCCAGCCCCAACCUGUUCAAACAGCUGUAUCGCAGCCGCAUGAACAGCAUCGAGUUGACGGAGGAGGAGAGGAACGGCGCGUUGGAGGAGGCUGUCAGAGCCUUUGAGUUUAACAUUCAGGUCUUUGACGAUUUGCAGACGUUGCUGGGUGUCACCGAAAACCAGCCGCAGACCUGUUUGACACGCUCCACACCAGUGAAGACACUCCAGAUGCCCGAAGCCAUCUUUAAAACUGUCCCACUGCUCAGGAUGGUGCUAGGACUUUUUGUGGUUCUGGCCACAGUCAGCGUAGGAGCCUUUGCUUUUUAAAGAUACACAGCAAGAAAUACUAUGUAUUGAUCUGUUGCUGCCACUGUAAAACUAUUCAGAUUAUAAUCCCGUAAGAUUUUAAAUCCCUGUAAAUAACUAAAUACUGUAUAUUUUUGUAAUUUAUCUGUGAAGCUCAUUAACAAUGUUUUCAUGAAGUUGAGUGUAAUGAUUUUUGAAGUCUACUAUUUCAACACUGUUAACCAGUAAUGUGCAAUAUAUCAGCUUUUCAUACUGUAAAUAUGUUACUUUUUAAUAAAAUCUUAUGUUGAAAGUAAA